CUGGUCACUAUUGGAGUAUGUCAGGGAAACCACUCAUUAGUGUAAAAACUUGGAAAGAAGUAAGGAUUUCUCCCCACUUUACAUAUAAGAACUUUAUUUCGCUCUCGAGUCACUCCGGCGCUGCUCUUGUGCCAUGUGUGUGUUGGACAGCCAGCCCACCUUGCUUUCUAAUACCUGUGAGCCUUUUCUUUUGAAGAUGCCUGAGGAAGUGCACCAUGGAGAGGAGGAGGUGGAGACUUUUGCCUUUCAGGCAGAAAUUGCCCAACUCAUGUCUCUCAUCAUCAAUACCUUCUAUUCCAACAAGGAGGUUUUCCUUUGGGAGUUGAUCUCUAAUGCUUCUGAUGCCUUGGACAAGAUUCACUAUGAGAGCCUGACAGACCCUUCCAAGUUGGACAGUGGUAAAGAGCUGAAAAUUGACAUCAUCCCCAACCCUUAGGAACGUACCUUGACUUUGGUAGACACAGGCAUUGGCAUGACCAAAGCAGAUCUCAUAAAUAAUUUGGGAACCAUUGCCAAGUCUGGUACUAAAGCAUUCAUGGAGGCUCUUCAGGCUGGCGCAGACAUGUCCAUGAUUGGGCAAGUUGGUGUUGGCUUUUAUUCUGCCUACCUGGUGGCAGAGAAAGUGGUUGUGAUCACAAAGCACACCGAUGAUGAACAGUAUGCCUGGGAGUCUUCUGCUGGAGGCUCCUUCACUGUGCGUGCUGACCAUGGUGAAUCCAUUGGCAGGGGUACCAAAGUGAUCCUCUACCUUAAAGAAGAUCAGACAGAGUACUUAGAAGAAAGGCGGGUCAAGGAAGUAGUGAAGAAGCACUCUCAGGUCAUAGGCUAUCCCAUCACCCUCUAUUUGGAGAGGGAACGAGAGAAGGAAAUUAGUGACGAUGAGGCAGAGGAAGAGAAAGAUGAUGAAGAGAAGCCCAAGAUUGAAGAUGGGGGUUCAGACGAGGAGGAUGAUAGUGGUAAGGAUAAGAAGAAGGAAACUAAGAAGUUCAAAGAGAAAUACAUUGAUCAGGAAGAACUAAACAAGACCAAGCCUAUUUGGACUAGAAACCCUGAUGCCAUCAUUGAAGAGGAGUAUGGAGAAUUCUACAAAAGCCUCACCAAUGACUGGGAAGACCACUUGGCAGUCAAGCACUUUUCUGUAGAAGGUCAGUUGGAAUUCAGGGCAUUGCUAUUCAUUCCUCGUCGGGCUCCCUUUGACCUUUUUGAGAACAAGAAGAACAACAUCAAACUCUAUGUCCAUCGUGUAUUCAUCAUGGAUGGCUGUGAUGAGCUGAUACCAGAGUAUCUCAGCUUUAUCCGUGGUGUGGUUGACUCUGAGGGUUUGCCCCUGAACAUCUCCCGAGAAAUGCUCCAGCAGAGCAAAAUCUUGAAAGUCAUUCGCAAAAACAUUGUUAAGAAGUGCCUUGAGCUCUUCUCUGAGUUGGCAGAAGACAAGGAGAAUUACAGGAAAUUCUAUGAGGCGUUCUGUAAAAAUCUCAAGCUUGGAAUUCACGAGGAUUCCACUAACCGACGCCGCCUGCCUGAGCUACUGCACUAUCACACCUCCCAGUCUGGAGGUGAGAUGACAUCUCGGUCAGAGUAUGUUUCUCACAUGAAGGAGACGCAGAAGUCCAUCUAUUACAUCACUGGUGAGAGCAAAGAGCAGGUGGCCAACUCAGCUUUUGUGGCGCGAGUCCGGAAGCAGGGCUUCGAGGUGGUAUAUAUGACUGAGCCCAUUGACGGAUACUCUGUGCAGCAGCUAAAGCAGUUUGAUGGGAAGAGCCUGGCCUCAGUUACCAAGGAGGGUCUGCAGCUACCAGAGGAUGAGGAGGAGAAGAAGAAAAUGGAAGAGAGCAAGGCAAAGUUUGAGAACCUCUGCAAACUCAUGAAAGAAAUCUUAGAUAAGAAGGUUGAGAAGGUGACAGUCUCCAUUAGGCUUGUGUCUUCACCCUGCUGCAUUGUGACCAGCACCUACGGCUGGACAGCCAAUAGGGAGCAGAUCAUGAAAGCCCAGGCACUUCGGGACAACUCCACCAUGGGCUACAUGAUGGCCAAAAAGCACCUGGAGAUCAACCCUGACCACCCUAUUGUGGAGACGCUGUGGCAGAAGGCUGAGGCAGACAAGAAUGACAAAGCAGUCAAGGACCUUGUGGUGCUGCUGUUUGAAACCACCCUGCUCUCUUCGGGCUUUUCCCUUGAGGAUCCCCAGACCCACUCCCACCGCAUCUACCGCAUGAUCAAGUUAGGUCUAGGUAUUGAUGAAGAUGAAGUGGCAGCAGAGGAACCCAGUGCUGCAGUUCCUGAUGAGAUCCCUCCUGAGGGCGAUGAGGAUGCAUCUCGCAUGGAAGAAGUAGAUUAGGAGUUCAUAGUUGGAAAACUGCCCUUGUAUAGUGUCCCCAUGGCUCCCCCUGCAGCUUUGAGUGCCCUGUCCCAUCUGGCUCCCCUGCUGAUGUCUGGUGUUUUUCUGUCCUGUCCUGCGGCGGAAGGCAGGAAACGAGGGUGCCGAGCCCCCACUCUUUCCCUACGCUGACAGCACAAUUGGAUGUUGUGUAUUGUGGUUUUUUAUUUUGUUUGUUCAUUCUGUUCUGAAAUUAGAGUAUGCAAAAUAAAGAAUAUGCCAGUUUAAAAAAAAACAAAACUUUAUUUCUAGGUAAGCAGAUAAUUGAAAUGGGUGGUUUCUUCUUACAUAAAUAUUCCAGCUGUCGCAUGAAGAAUUAAUGUUGGAAUUAGGGUGUCAUUCUUUCCACCCUUGCUGUAUUAAUGACUUGUGAUACUCCUCAGUGACUGCUGAGCUUACAAAAGCAGAAGCUCAGCAGAUGUCCCAAAUCCCCCGUGGAGGCACAGUGCAGCUUAGGAAGUCGUCUGGCCAAAACCCAAAACCUGAAUCUGAUCAAGCCUGCAAAUCUAACUUCCGGUUAACAGGAGCCCUGGGACCAGUGAAGCGCGAAGUCCAGACUACAGGGGACUCUGCAGGAAAAGCAGCCCUGCUUUGUCGCUCAGUGUGGUACAAAGGGAAUAAGGGGCGUGAGUACGAGACCUUGGGACUGAAGAAAGAAAAGCUUGUGGAGACUUACUGACUAGUUUCCAAAUAUGGGUCUCAUUUGGAUUCAGAUUUGAACUAGCAAAAUUAAAAUGUGAAUGGUUGGGAACACGGGAGCAUUUGUUGGAUGUGGGUGAUAUUGUGGAUAUGCUUUUAAAAGACUUUUCUUUUGGAGAUGCACAGUAGGAUAUCUGCAGGUAAAAUCUAAACAUAUUAAAUGUUUACUUGAGAAAAAAGGAAGGAAAGGAAAGGAGAGAGACUACCUCCUCCAGGGGAGAGACCCAUCCAGGUUCUGCCCUGCAUGGAGCCUUCUCUCCGGAGUCCAGAGCCCUACCAGCCACACCUCCCCGACCUCUGCCUGGGAACCUUUGCUUGGAACUUUAGAUUUAAAUGGAGAAAAGAAAGGUUUAAAGAGAAGAACUUGCUUCCUCUUUCUACCCAGAGAACAAUAUAUCUGGUCACAGUGGAAAGCCUGAACUCACACCCCACCAGGGGCAAGCCUCUGAUGAGACGUUACCUUUAUGAAUGCUCUCAGGACAUUGUCCCUUGGGUCUACAGUCAGAAGAGUCGAAGAAGUGGGGAGACAGCUCUCCAGGCGGUGAGUUCCCAGGACAGGGUUCUGAUGGGUCCACCUUCCUUCUGCUCCAACCAAGCUCACCGAGUGGACUCGUUUGGCAUUUACAUGGCCGUUUCCCAGGCAUUACAGCAUUCGCUUUACACUGUCACCUUACAGUUACAGAGAUAUUCAUGCAUCUGCAGGACCCCUACCCACCGCACUUCCCUCUUACAAAAUCUACACUCAGGCCGGGCGCGGCGGCUCACGCCUGUAAUCCCAGCACUUCGCGAGGCCGAGGCGGAUGGAUCAUGAGGUCAAGAGAUCGAGACCAUCCUGGCCAACAUGGUGAAACCCCAUCUCUAGUAAAAAUACAAAAAUUAGCUGGGCAUGGUGGUUUGCACCUGUAGUCCCAGCUACUCGGGAAGCUGAGGCAGAAUUGCUUGAACCCGGGAGGCGGAGGCUGCAGUGAGCCAAGAUCACACCACUGCACUCCAGCCUGGUGAUGGAGGGAGACUCUGUCUCAAAACAACAAGAACAAAAAACAAAAAGACAAACCCUACACUCUUCUGCAUAUUCUCUCUCUCUUUUGUUUUUUUUCCACAAAUGAUUUGUGUAGGAGAUUUUUUCAUGUCAUUAUAUAUAUAAAGGAACAAAAUCAUGGCAAAAGUAUUCACUAACAACUGUGUUAUUUUGAGUUUUAUGUACCAACAAUAAAUUAAGAUGCUCAACAUCUUGGAAUUAAUCACAUGAUUGCUCACUUCUAAUCAGUUAGUAUGGUGAGUCCUGUUACCUGAUUCUCCAGUGAUUAAACCCUCACCGAAUUCCUGGAGUCAACUCUGCUUUGUCCUGUUGUGGGUUCUUUUGUUUUGUUUUGGAUCCUGUUUUCUGAUAUUUACGGUGCUUCUAACAUACUGACGUAGCUAUUGUAUUCAUAGGUGAGAUUAGGAUCUUUCUUGUGUUUUCUUUGUACCAUUUUGGUUUUAUUAUAAUUCCACCUUCAUUAAAAGUGAUCUGGAAGAUUUCUUCCUUUUCUCUGUUUUCUGAAAGUCAAAGCAGUGUCAUAAAAAUGUAACCUUACAGAGUUUAAAGAAUCCGUCUUUGAAACUGUCCAGACCUGGUCCUUUCAUGGGUUUAUUCGUUUAUUUCAUAUGCUUAAUUCUAUAUUUUCACUUCUGUUGUCAGCUUGAACAUUAUCUUUUGAGCCCAGCAACGUAAUAUGGAAACACCAGAAUAUAUUUUUCCCACUCUCCGCUCUAAACAGCUCUACUCAGUGAGCUUCUCUCUCUCUUACCCCGUCACCUUUAUUGCUUACAGUACUUCUGCGCUGCCACGAUUUAUCAUAUUUGCCUUCUAUCAUAGAGUUGUAAUUCCCACACUUGUUUUGUUCUUAAAACUGCAGUGGAGCACAUUCAAUGUUUACGUCUAUCCUUCUGUUGUGGUUUCUUUCCUUAUCCCCCAAAAUAAUACUCCUUGAUCUUUGACUGCACAAAAAUAUCUGCCUCUUGCUCUGAAAUCUGACUGUUUUCAGUUGAGAAAAAAACAUUUUUGAAGAUUUCUUAGGAAUGAUUUUUUUGGAUAAUUUUGUGGAGAAGGCUGAGGCUAGCUAGAAUUUUUAUUUCCCUUUACGAGUGUCUUGGUACAUUUACCUACACGCUCAAAGGAUUCGUUUGUGAUUAUCAAACUCCAGUAAUUUUACUAGUCUAGUCUGUAUCUUGCUGUGGAGUGUUAUAGAUGGUCCUUUUCCCUUGGAAUAUAGCGAGGCUUUUUGUCUUUAGAUUUGAGUUUUAUUUCAGAAAAAACGUUCUUGAAUUGGGCUGUGUACCACGUCCCUCCUGUUCUUGACGAACACAGACAGCGCUGCUGCUGCUUGGUCAUUUUUGUUGUUAGUGUCUAUUAUUUCCUCCCUCUUCACUUAGGCUCUUGGCUUUCUUUAGUCUUCCUUCAAGUUGCUUUCUCAGCCAUAUCCAUUGUGUGCCUCACACCUGUCCCAGUAGCGUUGGUUUGAUUUCGUGCUGCUUCCAAACUGGCAUUCAUUCUGGCGAUGGAAACAUUUUCCCCUCAACUGCCUCUCUUCUGCCAGCCACAGUUUCGUUCACCUCUUUGUGCUCCUCCUACACGGAUGUCCUGAGCUGCCUGGGCUCUGACUUAGCUCUUUAUUUUUCUGUCAGUCUCUCUGAAUUCAGUGGUCGGUCAGCUAAUGGUUCUCAGGCCCUUGGCCACAGUUCUCUGACAAACGUUCAUCUCCCACUUGCUUCCUUUUUUCCCUCCUUUUUUCUUCUGCUCUGUCUACACCCUGCUCAAUUUCCUUUGUGAAAACUAACCCUUUUAUGAGGUGAGUCCUAUUAAAGGGUGACCUGCUUCUCCCGAUCGUCUCAGAUUUUUCUGGUGUUAGUAGAGGAAAUGCUGUAACCUGGGAAGCCCCUCGUUUCUGGGCCAGCAGGAAGGUUUGUCACCUGGUACUUUACAAGUUGCUCUUGACCAGGGGUGCUUUAGGGAGGAUCCAGGUGUGAGGCUGUCGGGUCACAUGUGACUUGAGUACAAGGGAGAUGGAGACGGGGUGACUUAGGGACCUACACACAGGCUUCCAAGCCCCGUGUCUCAUCUGUUUGUUUCUUCUCUUCCUUCUCAUAGCUGGAUGAACUUUAUCUCUUUUUUGGUAGGAAAACACGUUUUUAUAGAAUCAGUCUUCCUUCCUAAAUUAACAGCAUCCAUAUGUUUAAAAUUUUUUUUUGUACUUAAAAUAUGACAGUUCUUACAACUCCAAAAGACAUUUUUCUUAAGGUUUUGAUAUUUACUAUGGUUUUCAAUUUAUUUAAAAAAAAUUUAAGCUAUAAAAACCUCUGAUUCUCCCCCAGUGAAUUGGCUGCCUCUGAUUGAACACAGGGAAAAAUCCAUCUAAAGGAAUAUGAAACAUUUGGAAAUCCUGCUUAAUAUCUCUGAAUUCUAUGUUUCUAAAUUUCCUUCCUGUUCUGGUGUUUUAAAACCAAAGUGGAGAUGACUUUACUCUUCUGCUUUUUCUUUCUUCUCUUUCUUCCUCUCUCUCUUUUCUUUCCUUUCUUUCUCUCUUUCUUUCUGGUAAGUUUUGAUCUGGUGCCCAAGCUGGAAUACAAUGGCGUGAUUUGGGCUCACCUCUGCUUCCUGCGUUCAAGCUAUUUUCCUGCCUCAACCUCCUGAGUAGCUGGGAUUACAGGCACCUGCUACCACACCUGGCUUUUUUUUUUUUUUUAAUUCUCAGUGGAGAUGGAGUUUCACCAUUUUGGCCAAGCUGGUCUCGAACUCCUGACCUCAAGUGAUCCUCCUGCCUCGGCUUCCCAAAGUGCUGGGAUUACAGCCAUGAGCCACCUCACCCAGCCUCUUCUGCUUUGUCUUAUGCAAGGAGGGGGUCAAGGAGGCAAAAGGUGGCUGAGUGAGAGUACAACUGGAAGCAACCCUUUUUCCGGGAGCUGAGGUAGGUGGGAUAAUGGGUGAUGAUCGUAGGAUGGUGGGAAAGGUAGGGCAGAGUCAGUGGCCUUUAGAUGGUGGCAAUGAUGUUGCUAACCCUGCUGUUGAGGCUGCUGAGGGUGAGAAGAGUCGAGUCAUAGCAUGCACCCCAGCUUCGCGCUUUAUCCUCAGUGGAAACUCCGCUUCAAUGUGCUAAGUGUUUCUGAGACUGUCAACAACUGCCUAAUUAAAAGUCUCCAUUGGCAGCUUGAAAAAGUUCAACAGCUCAAGAAAAGCCAUCGUUAUGACUUGAAUAUGGCUUGGCCCUACCAAAACUCAUGUCGAGGCUCCAUCCCUGAGGUGGUGAUGUUGGGAAAUGGUGCCUUUAAGAGGAAAUUAGGUUGCUAAGAGGGAUCAGUGCUUUUCUCAAGGGAGUGAAUUCUCACUUGCAAAACUGGAUUAGUUUCACGACAGUUAUGACAGUUGGUUGUAAACAGAAGCUGCCUUUUGGAUUUCUGUCAUGUGACGCUGUCUGCCGUGUUAUGACACAGGACGAGACCCUUACCAGAUGCAGAUCUGAUCUUGAACCUUCCAGCCUUUAGAGCCAUGAGCCCAACAAACCUCUUUUCUUUGUAAAUUACCGAGUCUCAGAUGUUCUGUUAAUAGCAACAGCAAAUGGACUAAGAUAGCCACCACUAAUGAAACUCCAGCGACUGCCCAGGAAAGGCUGAAGGGGGAGCAGCCCUCUGAUUCAUGAAAGCCAUGAGCAGCCCUCCCAUUCAUCACAGGACAUCAAGGGUGCUGUGAUAUCUUGGGAUGGCCUAAAAAGGGGACUGACCUGCCCCAGGAAUCCUACUCUACACUGCUCGUGAGCAGGCAGCCAUAAACUAUCCUUUAUGAAUUGGAAUACAAGCAAUUAAAUAUGAUUGCCAGUUGAGUUUGGGCCCAUAGCUAAUGAAACCAUAAAAUAUGUCAUUGAUUAGAAGAAUGUUUCCAAAAGGUUAGUUCGUUUUUCUUUUGUAAUCAAGUGUGUAGACCAUAAAGUUCAGGGAAAACCCAGUCAUCAAUGUGAUUUCCUAAGACCUGCUCAGGAAAACUCCAUCUCGAAUAUCCCAGAAUACAUACCUGGGUGUUCUGUCUGCUAUCUCCAGGGUGGGCCUCCAUGGCAGAUGACGAACUAGAGGCCUCAUAUUUAUGCAUCCUAACGUGUGUGAGGUUUUGUGAGGAAUGGUGACGGGGCCACGUGAUGCAUGGCUUCUUGCCCCCAGGGAACUCUUUAGAAUAUUCAGGGUCAAUAGAGCAACAAUGUAAAAAAUAAACAACGCCUGCUCCAGGUGGUCAGAGGGAGGCUGAGAAUCAUUCAGCCAGUGGUGGUCUAGGAAUUCAUGAUAAUAAAACCCAAGGCCACUCCUGUACCAUUGAUCAAAUAAAUGUUCGUUUCAUGCCACAAAUACGUCAGAGCUUUUUAAACAGGUUUCUGUACAACAAUCUCUGAAAUUUGUUGCUGUCAGUUCUAUGGUGAGUCUUAUUUUUUACAUGAUGACAUGUCAGCAUGGAAAGGGUCAUUACUGGCCAGGUGCGGUGGCUCACGCCUGUAAUCGCAGCACUUCGGGAGGCUGAGGCAGGUGGAUCAUUUGAGGUCAGAAGUUCAAGACCAGCCUGACCGACAUGGAGAAACCUCAUCUCUACCAAAAAUAUAAAAUCAGCUGGGUGUAGUGGUGCAUGCCUGUAAUCACAGCUACUGGGGAGGCUGAGGCAGGAGAAUUGCUGGAACCGGGAGGCGAAGAUUGCGGUGAGUGGUUGUUGCACCAUUACACUCCAGCCUGGGCAACAAGAGGAAAACUCAUCAAAAAAAAAAGAGAGAAAAGGAAAGCUUCAUUCCUUUACUGGAGUCACCUAGUUCUUAAAUGGUACAAUUCUCACUCAAAUCUGGUCAGGCAGCUCCCGAGGCGUGUGUCCACAGUGUGUGAGGUGUGAUGUUCCAAGCCAUGCUGAAGAGGGACCAGCAUCUAAAUGCACUGUUUCUGCAGCGAGCUGCCCUGGAGAAGCUGGUCUGGGAGGGUAGCUGACCUCCUUAGGACCUGUAUUAGUCUAUUCUCAUGCUGCUAAUAAAGACAUGCCCAAGAUUGGGUAAUUUAUAAAGGAAAGAGGUUUAAUCAACUCAGUUCCACAUGGCUGGGGAGGCCUCACAGCAAUGGCGGAAGGCACAGGAGGAACAAAGGCAUGUCUUACAUGGUGGCAGGCAAGAAGCUUGUGCCGGGGAACUCCCAUUUAUAAAACCAUCAGAUCUCCUGAGACUCAUUCACUACCACGAACAGCAUGGGGGAAAGCCCCCCAUGAUUCAGUUAUCUCCGCCUGUGCCCACCCUUGACGUGUGGGGAUCAUUACAACUCAAGGUGAGAUUUGGGUGGGGCCACAGCCAAACCGUGUCAGGACCUGCCCCUGUCCUGUGUGCUGUGAGGUCCUCAGGUGUGGAUGGGCAGAAGGUUAUGCUGGCAAUGCAGAUGAGAGACAGCUAACGACGUGGACUCUCACAGGUCAGAUCCUUCUUCCCAGAGACAGCAGAAGCCAUUGCAGUUUUUAGGUUGCCUUUCUUGGUCCGAAGGGGAAGGAACACAGGAGGACCCAGACAGUAGCCAAGCAAGCAGGGUCUCUGAGGAGAGAAGGUCAGGAGGACCGUGGCAUGACGUGACCAAACCCUGGGCUGGGACUGCAAAUCUUGUGGAACACGGGUCACGUAGAGACAAAAACAAGCCAGGUGCGGCGGCUCACGCCUAUAAUCUCAGCACUUAGGGAGGCCGAGGUGGGUGCAUCCCCUGAGGUCAGGAGUUUGAGACCAGCCUGGCCAAAAUGGUGAAACCCCAUCUCUACUAAAAGUACAAAAGAAUUAGUUGGGCGUGGUGGCAGGCACCUGUAGUCCAGCUACUCAGGAGACUGAGGCAGGAGAAUCGCUUGAAUCCAGGGGGCACAGGUUGCAGUGUGCCAAGAUUGCACAAGAAGAGUGAAACUUUGUCUCAAAAUAAAAAAGACAAAAACAAACACAAAACAAAUGUGGCAGAAGUCAUAGGAAAGAGAAACACAGAGAUAAGGAUAAGAGAAAAGCCAGCACCAUGGCUGAUGGCUGGUUAGACGUAGCGAAUAUAGGACUGGCGGGCUUUGACGCGGUGGCCUGAAAGAGUGCAGGUUACAGCAAACUCCUGCUCUCAGUGAACGUGUCAUUUGUCUACGGCAGAUUUUCCAGGAAGGAAACAGAAUGCUGGAAGGUGGUGAAGCUCACAGUGAUUCUGAUGAUUCUGAUUCUGGGGAUAGUGGUGGUGAUGGGGAUGGUUGUGGUGUGUAUCUUAAGCUGACCAUAGGUAAUAACAUUUUGUUUUAUCACGUAUAGGCAGUUUAAGGUACACACUUUUUCUACAAAUGUAUUUACUGUUCUUUCUAUUUCGCUCUUAAAGACUUUGCUUCCUUUGAGAUGAGGUAAAUAGUGUCCUGUGCUUUGUUUUAUUUUAAGUUUUGUGAUUCUAUUCUGUUUUUAUUUUUGCUAUCAGAAUUUUAACCUUCUCGUAAUUCUGGUGUGCACGAUGAGUAAGGCUUGGAUUUUGUUUCUAUGGAAAUGUUUAAGCAUCAGAUUUUCCUUGCUGUUUAUCAGAUAAACCAUCUUCCUCCCUUGAACCUGUACAUUUGCUUAGGUCUGGUUCUGGGAGGUCACUGCUGUCUGCACACAUCCUCGUCCCCACCACCAUCACACUCCACAGUUCUGAAUAAAAACACAACUUGUAUUUGACGUGAAAGCUCAUUUCCAUUAUUCUCCACCCCACCCCCACUUUUUUUUUUGGCAAUAUCUAUUGGCUGUUCUUGGUAAUCUAUUUUUCCGGUAAAUCUGAGUAUCCUUCUGUCGGGUUGUAGAAGUAGUCUGAUAGGGUUUUGACUGAGGUUACAUGAAGCCCCGUGGACGUGUCUGGGUCGGGCCGCAGACCUUUGCUGCGUCUGUGGAGCGUCACCCGCCUUCCGCGCUUGGUGUGGCUGCUGGAGGCUGCUGGGGCGGUGCAUACCCCCUCUUCUCCCUUCUGAGACCAGCCCGGGCUGCCCUCACAGCAGGCCCGUCAUGUCAGUGUGAGUAGGGACAAGUAAGUAGUGACAAGCACAGCCUGGAGAGCCCUGAACCCCUGUUCCUCUGAACCUCCUGUGGCUCCUUUCUAGGGACAGACACUACCCUGUGGGCCCCUCCUCCCAUGGCCUGCUCGUGUCUCCUGGAUUUAGGGCAUGAGCAAGCAGGUGACCUGGGGCUCAUCUUCUUUCACAAACAUGGUGGGUGCUCUAUAUGCUUUAUGCGUAAUUUAUUUUAUCUUAUUUAUUUAUUUAUUUUUCUAGACAGAGUUUUGCUCUUGUCGCCCAGGCUGGAGUGCAGUGGUGUCUCGGCUCAUUGCAACCUUUGCCUCCUGUCAAGCAAUUCUCCUGCCUCCGCCUCUGGAGUAGCUGGGAUUUCAGGCAGUUGCCACCAUACCUGGCUAAUUUUUCUAUUUUUCGUAGAGACAUGGUUUCACCAUGUUGGCCAAGAUGUUCUCCAUCUCUUGACCUUGUGAUCCACCCGCCUCAGCCUAUCAGAGUGCUGGGAUUACCGACAUGAGCCACCGUGCCAGGCCUAUUUAUUUCUUUGAGCUGGAGCCUCACUCUGUCACCCAGGCUGAAAUGCAGUGGCAGUGAUCUUGGUUCACUGUAACCUCCACCUCCUGGGCUCAAGCAAUUCUGCCUCAGCCUCCAAGUAGCUGGGAUUACAGGUCUGCACCACCAUGCCCGGCUGAUUUUUGUAUUUUUAGUAGAGACGGGGUUUCACCAUGUUGGCCAGGCUGGUGUCGAACUCCUGACGUUAAGUGAUCCACCCACCUCGGCCUUACAAAGUGCCAGGAUUAUAGGCAUGAAGCACUGAGCCCAGGCUUUAUGAGUAUUUUUAGAAGUUAAUCCCAGCAGCAUUCCUGGUAGAGAGCUAGUAACCCAUGGCAACUGAUGAGAAAACCAGGGAGGAGAAGAUCAAGUACGUCCAGGGUCACCUGGCUGGAGGCUGGCUGAACCAGGACCUGGGCCUGGCCUGUCUCUGAGACCGUCUCUCACUUGCUGUAUUAUACAUGUGCACCUAGUGCUGGGCCAUCAGGAGAUCAGAUUCCAUGGACAGCUCUGCCUACAGCUGUGUGGUUACCUGCGGGAGCCUGGCUGGCUGGGUGCUGGCAGUUCGCUGGUCUUCUUGGGUUGGAUGUACGGAUCUCCCUCCUGCUCUGAGUCUCAGUUGACAUCCAGGAAGUGUCACCACCCAGCCAAACUGUCUCAUCAGCAAAUGAACACCCCGGCAGGGUUUGUAUCCGGCAGCCUCUGAGCAGGCCUCACUCUCCCUGUGGGUCCCCCACUCUGGCAUGUCUGUUUCUUCACCCAAGAUUUAGUGAGAGCUUGGGCCCAGCACCCUGCAGUCCUGACUGUCAAGGACCUUCUGUGACUGCAGAUAACAGGAAGCUGCCCUUCCUGUGAGAACUCCUUACCAUGUAGGAGGGCAUUUUUCUGUCUUCCUAGAAGAGUCUUCAAAAUCCAGUUUCCAUUUCCCACCCACUUCUCUUUCUCUAAGAGACUUUGAUACACAGGAGCUUUGAAGAAGAAAGCUGCCUGUUUCUCCCAUCUGAGCUCCGUGUACAUCUUCCAUGAGAUAUUCUUACACAUUUUUGAUCACCACAGUGAUGUUAAGUAUUUGGUCUAGUGAACCUUCUGAUUUUUAUUAACUUUUCUUCUUUUCAUUUUGAAGUAGGUGUCAGAUUGGGCGUGGAGUAGGAGAGGGCUGCAUUUCCUGGAACAAGAUGAAGUUAACUUUGGGCAGACUCCUGCAUUGAUAAGCUCACAGCUAAAAAAUUGGCUCCCAAUCCCCUGCAGUCUCCAAUUAUUGCAAUGCAAAUGUGAUAGAAAAGAGCUGCAGGGGUCCCUGGCAGCUGAAAAUCAGUCGGCAUUGAAAUGGGAAUAGAUGCACCGGCUCGCUAUUAGAAAGCCAAGUUCCCAGGCUAAGGAAAACGAAAAUUCCCUUCUCUGUCAAAACCGUCAAAUUACUCACCCGAAGGGAGAUGCCAACCUCUCAGCUCCUCUCUCUUCAAUCAUCUGCAGGGGCAGGCUGCCAGUUGUUCUGGACCCAGCACCCCUGCCCACUGCUCACAGAUGCCCAGCCGGCUCUGGCCACCUGCAUGCCUUUCAGGGAAGGAGAAGGAGGAAAGGUCAAGUUCUGCUCCAGCAGCCCUGAAACUUCCCUGUUUUCUGGCCCUCCCAGACAACACUGGUGGAGAGGAGGCUUCCCUGCUGCUGGAGCUCACCUUGUGAAUAAGUAAUGAGUCGGUGGAUGAUUCCACCCUGUCAGCUUCAGCUUCUGCAGCUUCCCGACAAACAGAACUCUGAUUGUGAUGGGAGAGUUGUUGCUUUGUUUUUGAAUUUCACGUCAUUAAUAUAUUUUUCUCUCUAAACUUACUGUCAUUGAGACUCUGGAUGUUCAAAGAUUUCUCUGUGAACCAAUUUAUAGCAUAUGUAAUAUAAUCAGAGAACGAGAGCUGAGGGAAGCCUCUGCAAUCAGCCAGUCUAAUCCCACAGUUAAUGGGUCAGGAAACUGAAACCCAGAGACAAGACCUGGUCUGCCCGAGGUCACCCAUGGACUCAGAGGCUAAGCUGCAGCUUUUUAGAACUGCACAAAUAGGGGCCAAGCAUGUCUUCUGAUAUAGCACAAUCCAUCUGUCCAUCCAGCCACCCAUCCAUCAAUCAAUCCAUCAUCCAUCUUCCAUCUCUCCAUCCAUCCAUCAUCUAUCAUGCAUUCAUCCAUCUAUCAUCUAUCCACACCAUCUAUCCAUCCAUCUAUCCAUUCAUCCAUCCAUCCAUCCUUCCAUCUACAUGUCUCUCCAUCCAUCCAUCUACACAUCCAUCCAUCCAUCCAUCUACACAUCCAUCCAUCCAUCCAUCCUUGCAUCUACACAUCCAUCCAUUCAUUCUUCCAUCUACACAUCCAUCCAUCCAUCCAUCCUUGCAUCUACACAUCCAUCCAUCCAUCCUUGCAUCUACACAUCCAUCCAUCCAUCCUUGCAUCUACACAUCCAUCCAUUCAUUCUUCCAUCUACACAUCCAUCCAUCCAUCCAUCAAUCUACACAUCCAUCUAUCCAUCCUUUCAUCUACACAUCCAUCCAUCCUUACACAUCCAUCCAUUCAUUCUUCCAUCUACACAUCAUCCAUCCUUACAUCUGCACAUCCAUCCAUCCAUCCAUCUACACAUCCAUCCAUCUAUCCUUGCAUCUACACAUCCAUUCAUCCAUCCAUCCUUACAUCUACACAUCCAUCCAUCCAUCCAUUUACCCAUCUUUGCAUCUACACAUCCAUCCAUUCAUUCUUCCAUCUACACAUUCAUCCAUUCAUCCUUACAUCUGCACAUCCAUCCAUCCAUCUACACAUCCAUUCGUCCAUCCAUCUAUACAUCCAUCCAUUCUUCCAUCUAUCCAUCCAUCCAUCCAUCAUCCAUGUAUCUACCAUUCACCCAUCUAUCAAUCCACACAUCCAUUUAUCCAUUCAACAUUCAACAUCCAUCCAUCUGUUCAUCCUUGCAACAGCUGAGAGAGGUGUGUUGUCCCUUUGAUUGUAUAUGGGUGGAAAUGAUUG